AUGUGCUUAGACUCCAGGACGCUGCUGACACCUCCCAGAUAUGUGCUUAGACUCCAGGACGCUGCUGACACCUCCCAGACUCCUCAGCUGGGGAAGCAUGUGGCUGAGUUGAGUUUCCAUUUCCUGCUCAAUGAGACUGUGCAAAUACUGGUGGAAGGACUUGCUUUCAGGUAUUCCAAGGCUCCCUUGGAAUACUGUCUGUUAGUAGAGGAGGAAGAACCAGCUCCUUCUACUCGGCAAAUCUCUGCCUUUCAGCAGGAGAAGAGCUGGUGGGUGGAUGGGGGUAGAAAAGAGGUUGGGGAAAGGAUGGAUGCUAGCCAGCUGCCUUAUGGGGAGGUGAAAACAUGUGGUCAUGCCAUUAACGUCCUGCUUGGCUUUGUGUGCUUCAUCUGUGACACCUACAGAGCCCCUGCUUGGAACAGCAGGACAAAAAGCAGUCCUGGUGUUUGUGCGUCUUCUGAUGAGCUGCACAAAAUAUAGCAGAACAGAAGGCAAAUCCACACAAAAGAGAACUGAAGUCAGGUGCCCCAGGCAGGUGACAUCUCUAUUUUCUAUUCAUCAGAGGGCUUGUUGUGCCUCAGUUUCCUGAUAAAAUCCAGAUGCCUCUGCUCCCCACCUUUUAUUCUUCCUCCAAGUGACAUGAUGAAGAAUGAGCCAGCAGCUCGUAAACCGCUCCGGGCCACCUGGAGAAAGGUGCUUGCAUCAAUGGUGGGUGUGAUAACAGAUGAGUCAAGGAUUUUGGAGUGGAGCAAGUGUGGCUCUGCCAGCCUGGUGACUCAUGUGGACAUACAAUGUGGUGCCCUCGGCUGGGGCUGA